AUGAAGAACAUCAGAAACUUCCCCACAUCCAACUCAUCCACCGAACCAUCGACUGUCGACAUCUACGACCACAGCACCAGCAACAACCACAGCACCAGCAACAACCACAGCACCAGCAACAACCACAGCACCAGCUACAACCACAGCACCAGCAACAACCACAGCACCAGCUACAACUACAGCAUCAGCUACGACUAUAUCAUCUUGAUCAGCUUUGACAUCUUCAUCCUGAUCACUGCUCUCCCGGCCAACAGCGCCCUCCUGUGGCUGAUGUUCAAAUCCAGACACAACCUGUCCCCGCCUCAGCUCUUGACCCUGAACAUCUCCAUCGUCUGCAUCGUGAUCUGUCUGAGCACAGCGCAGACUGACACUGAAGGCAACAAAAUGCAGAACUUCCCCUCACCCCCCACACCAUUUUCUUCUCCAUUCUACAAUCCCAACUACACCCACUACUACAACCUCUACACCACCCCCUAUGACGACUAUGACUACUACUUCUUCCAUUACACCGCCUAUCCCCUCAAAUUAGAAUUUGAGCAGCAGGACAUCAUCAGUUUUGACGCAGAGAUAAUCCUCAAAUGCUGCGGAACUCCUCGUAGUUACGUGGUCUGGCUCGGACUCCAAAUCUUCAUUUUGUUCACUGCUCUCCCGGCCAACAUCGCUCUCCUGUGGCUGGUGUUCAAAUCAAGACACAACCUCUCCCCGACUCAGCUCUUGGCCCUGAACAUCUCCAUCGUGGGCAUUGCGUACAGCCUGCUUCUUCCUUUUGAACUUUACGACACACUGCGUGAGACUUCCGAAGCUUUUCACCGCCUCAGCAACUCGACCUCGGCUCUAAACAUGCUCGGAUGUCCUUUGUUUCUGAUGCUAAUGUGCUUAGAGCGCUUCGUAGCUGCUGCGUUCCCCAUCAUGUACAUACAACUCAGCAAAACCAAACCCUGA